CAUUUAAUGGUGCUGUUGCAGGGUACUUACGCAAUGCUGUACACCAACAUGAUAGUGAAUGUGACGAUACACCACUGCGCCGACACGGUGGGUGGUCUCAGCCUGGCCGUUUACCAGCUGGUGCUGCUGUUCGGGGCGCCGGGCGUGCUCAUGCUCUUCUGCUACAGCUGCGUCAUUGUCGAACUCUGGAAGAGCACGCGCAGCAUGCAGGUCCUCACCAACAGCAUCAGCACAAACAGAAUUUCCAGCCGUCAAGAGAACACAUUGACAGCCUCACAAAGCAGCAGACACACAGUGACUAGAAGACGAAACAGGGCUGACACAGCAUGCACCACAAGGAAGCAGGUACAUCAGUCAACUAAAUGCUACCACUGA